AGCAGUGCUGGUAACAUCUGAAUUUUAGCGGUGAAAUUUAGUGACACUACUAAAUGUAUGACAAGUACACACAUAUGUGCGUGUAUAUGUGUUAGUGGGCAUAAGCACAAGCGUGCGCUUGACGACGCGUUGUGGGCUGUACGGACACGCGCGGCGUUUAUAAGGAGCAAAUUUUUGAAGUGAUAAUAUUUCGCUUAAAUGCUUUUCAUCGAAGAAAGCAUAGAAUAUUUGUAUGGUCACAGCCUAUAGUAAUGUAGUACAUACAAAUACCUAUCUGAAAAUGUAUGCAACAAAGAGUUAAUCAAAGGCAUUCAAGCGUGUGACAUGUGAAUAUUUGUAAGUGUUUGUUGUGACAAAAAAAAAUUACAAAUCUAUUCCGCAUGAAAUAAUAAAAGUGAAAACUCAUAUAAACGAUAUUGGUGAAUUUGUCGUAAAAAUAAAUUGCGGUUAAACGCUUGAAUGAAUUUGCUUUGGAUUUACCUUCAACGGACCGUCAGUGACGUCCAGCUACAUACGACUGGUUGAGUGAGGAGAUCGACCGCCACCGCGGGGUGCACAUCCUUCGCAACUAUUUGUGUACAAAUAACACACUUAUAAAUAUAACAAAACCAAAACUAUAGAUAUGCAUACAGCUACAAGUAUUCGUACGGUGUUUUGGUGUGCAGGGGUGUGUGCGUUGGAACCCACACUUAUGGCUACGCUAUAGACAAGCAUAUGGAACACGCUGCUUCCGAAAUGGCAAAAAACAAAAUGCUUUUCCAAUAAAUUGCUUUUCAGCUCAAAUAUUACAAGGAAAGUAAUUAAAAAUCGAAGAAAAAAAAAAUUACGAGAAACAUUCCGACCAAGCACCAUAAAAAGUGUACAAAAUUUACCAAAAUGAUUACUAAGCAAUUUUGAUGUCUACAAAGGAACCACAAAAAACAAAAUGUGUGCGAAAAUUUAUUGAAAAACAAAAAUCAACUCGCCACCCAGCGCCCACAAUCGCAUCAAUUAUUGCACCUAACUCAAAACUCCAACCCUCUCCACGUCACCGUCCCAGCCGGCGAUGCUUUUGGAGUUUCUCGAAUAUGCCACAAGACUGCUGAAGAACAAUAUGACAACAAUUAUACUCGGUACAACAACAGCAACAGCAACUGCAACAAAAACUACCACUAUCGCCUCAACCAUUUCUAACGCCAUCUCCUCCACCUCCACCUCGUCACAUCCCACACACGUCGACAUGUUGCCCGAACGUCCUGCCACUACGUAUCCAGCACUUGAGACAUUUAACUCUACACUUAAGACGCUCUUCAAUAAAACGCUGGCCAAUGUGACGCAGGCUAAUUUAAGCGAUUACACCAUACCGUACACAUUACUGCCAUCCAUGGGCAAUGGCACCAUUGACGCCAGCGUGGCAGGGAAUGCAGUGGAGAGUGGUGGCGCAACAACGGCGAUGUCUGCUUUGCCAACACUGCACGCGACCCGAUAUGCCAUGGAAGCGACUACACCCGCACAGACGGUGGCCACUUUCAUUGCGGCGGGUCAUAAAAAUCGCGCCACAAUAAUUGUUUAUCCCACAGUUUCGCCCGAAUCCAUUGUGAUACCCAUCGUUUCGUGCAUUUUCGGUUUCCCCAUACUGGCAUUGCUCGUCAUCUGUUGUUUGCGACGUCGAGCGAAAUUGGCACGUGAGCGCGAUCGUCGCCGGAAUUACGAUAUGCAGGACCACGCUGUGAGCCUGGUCAGAUUUAGUCCCAUACAUAGGCUUAAUUACCGACCGUCGCGAGCUAUCAGUUUACGUCCUGAACGAAGCCUGAGUCAAGGUUUUACCUCCCUCGAACUCGAUACCGUGGUGGAAGAGCGUUGCAGCGACGUGGAACAAACCCAAACGGAGAUCCUUAACGCCGAAUCGCCCAUGGAGACGACCUCCUCCUAUAAGAUGUCCUUCUCAAGCUAACAAUUAGCAGAACAACAAAAAUUGCAACAGCAACAGCAACAGCAGCAGCAGCAACAACAACAAAAGCAACUACUCCAAAUCUCACCAACAGCAGCAGCAACGCA